CUCUCACCUUUCUCACUAGCGCGUGCACAUAAGUUGUUCGGAUUCUCGCGAGAAGAGGAGGUGCAUGUAGUCCAAAGAAGCUACACUUCCAUCACAAUAAUCGCCUUCAAGUCACAAGGCCACAAUGAAACUUAUUGUGGGGAUUCUAAUUGUGAUUUCUAGUUUAGCGGCUGCUUCGAAAAAUAAUCAUGCCUCGUCCAUUAGCUCAAGUGCAGUUCAAUCUAGAAAAAUACGAGAUACUGCUGAUUCAGCGGCUGAUAUAAUGGCCAGAAAUAUUUUAGAGUGGAUUCAAAAUAUUUACCAGACUCAAAGUGUCCGAAAAGCGCGUCAGCAGUCGGACAAUACCUAUUUACCACCUUACAGUACGCAAAGGCCGCCGGAAAAGCCGCGACCUUUUCAACCUGCGACAUCGCAACAACCACCUUAUUCUGCUGGUGGCCAAUACACGCCAUCGAACAAUGGAUACUCUUCCUCCCCAGUUUCCACUUCAAGGCCUUCCUACACGCCAAACACGCAAACUAAUGGCUAUCCGUACACUCCCCGUCCAUCGCCACCAUUCUCCGACUCGAACGGAUAUCCGGCUUCAUCCACGACUUAUCUUCCACCUCCAAAUGGAGGAUAUCCCUCGGGAGAGCCAAGGCCAAUGCCCGGUUUCCCAUCGCCACGACCCCAACCAGGACCUGGUCCAGCGCCAGGACCGGGACCGCAACCGGGACCAGGGCCACGACCAGGACCUGGUCCAGCGCCCGGACCGGGACCACAACCAGGGCCUCGACCCCAACCGGGACCAGGACCACAACCAGGACCUGGGCCUCAACCUGGUCCAGGACCCCAACCAGGACCUGGACCACAACCGGGACCUAGACCUCAGCCAGGACCAAAACCUCAACCUGGACCUGGUCCACAACCGGGACCAAGACCACAACCAGGACCUGGUACUUCUCCUGGAGGAGGUGAUAUUGGAACGGGCGUUCCACCAGAUGAUGAUAUAAAUCAUCCACCACAUAUCCAUGCUCUUGAUGUCGUGUGCAGCAAAAGUAUGAUGACUAUAAACAUUGAGUUUAAUCGAGCCUAUGAUGGAAUAAUAUACUCAAAGGGUUUCUACAUGAUGCCCAACUGCCGAUACGUGGAAGCCAAUUCAAAAAAUACAAAGUAUUCAUUCACAGUGAGUCUCGACUCCUGCGGAACGCAAUUCAUUAACGACUUUGAAGGAGAGGCGGGUCAGGCUUAUUUGGAAAAUGUCCUAGUAUUGCAGAAUGAGGCCGGAAUUCAAGAAGUUUGGGACACAGUCCGAAGAGUCCGUUGUCUAUGGGAAGGAAACAUUAAUAAAGCUCUCACUGUCAGUCUCUCAGUUGAUAUGCUGAAUCAAGAAAUUGUGACGUUCAGUGGUGACACUGCUUCAGCCAAAUUGGAUAUCCAAAUUGGAAAAGGUCCAUUUGCUCCGGCUGCAAACGGUCUCGUGAAGAUUGGCGAAACCAUGACUCUUGUUAUUUCUGUCGAGGGCGAUCCCGACUUUGACCUUCAGGUACGAGAUUGUGUGGCUAGAGACGAAUCAUCUACGAACGUUGUUCAACUGACCGAUGAAAGAGGUUGCAUCUUAAAACCGAAAAUCUUUGGAGCGUUCCAAAAAACGAAGGACACAGGAAAUACAGGAGCUUCAAUUAUUGCCUACGCCUUUUUCCAAGCUUUUAAAUUUCCAGAUGUAAUGGACCUGUUCAUUGAAUGUAAUGUUGAGCUUUGCAAAACUAACUGUGACGCUUGUCCCGAACCAAAUCAGCAAAUUGAUCCCGGAAGACGUCGUCGUUCCAUUGAAUAUAUUUCCCCAGUAAAUUCAACCAUCAGUCUGGCACCAAGUGGCGUGAGAGUUGGUCGUGGAUUCAGAGUUGUCAUGCCAGACGACUUAAGCCCAAUGGCAAAUCAUGCCUUGGACAACGUCAACGAAGAAAUCGUACAGGAAAUUGCCUCGCCUAAUAAUGUCUGUUUAAGUAAUAGUGGAUUUUACGUCGCAUUUUCCAUGAUGUUCACCGCCGUUGUCUCCAGUACAAUAAGCGCUGCCGUUUUGUACUCAAAAUUACAAAAAGUUUACAAAUCAAAAGUAUACACAAUGGGAUCUUAAGACUUGAGAAACUGAGAGCAAAAGAUUUUUAAAAGCGAAUUCUUUUAUUUUUCAUAAACCAACGUUUAUUUAGCGAAGAAAUAUUAUUUUUAAAUCCACACAUUUCAAUCCUGUGUUCUAAAGGAAAAUAAUAUAGUUUGCAAUAUAUAACAUAUUUAUAAAGAAAAAAAUUUUUUUUUCCGAAUGAGGAUUUUAAAUGGUGGAGUUAAAUUAGCUUUGUUCUAUACAUCAAUAAAAGUGUUGUUGCCUAAUUGAAAAAGUCGCAACUAAGACUUUGCAAGCUUGACGAUUUAAAUGCUUGAUUAUAUAAUUAUAUAGAGGACUCACUGCCAUAAGUUUUUUAUGAGCUGAGCUGUUCAUAAACCGAUGUGUUUUAAUAACAAAUUUGAUAUUAAUUGUUUCAAUAAUAAUUAUAAAGUCUUCACAGAAACUGUAAAAAAUUGCAAUUUAGCGAUUAAAGUUAUUUAUAAACAUUUUAGUGCUUUUUUCUAAGUAUUUUAACAAUUUUUACAACAGUAUUUUUUUGCCUGUAAGUAUCUGUGACAUAUCUAAGUCGCAACUUUUAGCAAAAUAUUAUUAUAAUUUAGAGAAAUAAAAUUUCUGUACAAUUUGUAUAUCUGCUUUUAUUUUCAAUUUGUAACCAUUUUUUUUUACACGUAAUUUCUUAUCAGCAGGGUUGCCAC